AUGAGUAGGGGAGGGGAUGGGUGGGACUUGCGCGUAGAGGAUGAAUGCGGUGAGUGGGUGACCGCCCUGUGCCCGUACGGGUCGGAGGGCUGCCCCGACAACGAGGGGGACUACGACAUCGUCAUGCCCGAGCCCAUGAGCGGCACGUCCGGAUCCGGCUACAAGGUGCGCGUGGCGGACGUGGACGGCCCGCAAGACGCGGACUGCUCAGACGAGUUCUACCUCAUGGCUUCCGCCGAAGCACCUGUGGUUGGGGGUCCUGACGCCCCGUACCUGAUGGUUACGUCCCCGUCAGCCGGCGACAAGGCGCAGGCAGGCGGAGAAUAUACCGUUGAGUUCGACUACGACAAUGGAGUCGGUUCCCGAGUGGACCGAUUCAAGAUCGACCUGUACUCUAUCGGAGGGACCGGCGACUGCGGCACCUGGGUGAUGAAUCUCUGCGACAAGGAAGCCAUCGGCUGCAAGGACUCGAUGGGAGACUACGACGUGGAGAUCCCCGAAACCGUUGUCGACGGCAUGUACUCGAUCCGCGUGGGCCGCUUUGAGGACGACGCCCUAUACGGCUGCUCGGGCGAGUUCGAGAUCGUCGGCUCCUCCUCCGGGGAAGGUUCUGGGGAAGGUUCCGGAGGGGCCGGGGGCGCCGGUAGCGGCAGCACGAGCAGCGAGUCCGGCUACGGCGGCGGCGUGGGUGUGGGCAGCAGCGGCAGCAGCAGCGCCAACGGAGGCGGUUCCGGUAGCGGAGGAGGCUCGAUGGGCAGCAGCAGUGCCUACGGCGAGGGAGACGGCGAGGGCGGCGGUGUCAUCGGUGGCGAUGGGGGCACUGGCGAGGGGGAGGGGGAGGGUGAUGACCUCAUCGGCGAUGGUGUCAGCAGCGGCUCGGGGGCCGGCGCGGGCAGCGGUGGCAGCAGCAGCAGUGCCUACGGCGAGGGAGACGGCGAGGGCGGCGGUGUCAUCGGUGGCGAUGGGGGCACUGGCGAGGGGGAGGGGGAGGGUGAUGACCUCAUCGGCGAUGGUGUCAGCAGCGGCUCGGGGGCCGGCGCGGGCAGCGGUGGCAGCAGCAGCAGUGCCUACGGCGAGGGAGACGGCGAGGGCGGCGGUGUCAUCGAUGGCGGCGAUGGGGGCACUGGCGAGGGGGAAGGGGAGGAUGAUGACCUCACGGGCGGUGGUGUCAGCAGCGGCGCGGGCGAGGGCGAGGGAAGCGGUGGCAGCAGCAGCAGCAGUGCCGCCGGCGAGGGAGACGGCGAGGGCGGCGGUGUCAUCGGUGAUGAUGAUGCCGUGGGUGAGGGCGAGGGCGAAGGCGGUGGUGCCGUCGACAGAUGUGAGAGUGACGACAGCGACGACGACGAUGACGACAGUGACGAUGACGACAGCGACGAUGACGACAGCGAAGAUGACGACAGCGAUGACGGCAGCAGCGACGACGACUUCGACCUCUCCUUGUCGUAUUCUUACUCCUACGAGUUCAAGGAGCACGAUGUACUAUGGUAAAGGCUUAGCAGGCGCAAUAAGGGGAAAAACAUACCGGGCGGUC